AUGGCGACCCUGUUCUGCGCGGCCGCUGCCACCUCGUGCCGUCUCGCCUUCCCGCUUGCCGUGCCGGCGCCGGCGCCAGGCCUUGGCCGCGGCCGGGCCCGACGCGGCACGGUGGCGGUGCGUGCGGAGGCAGACACCGCCGCUGCUGGGACCGGGAUAAACCCGGCCAUCCGGAAGGAGGAGGCCAAGGUGGUCGACACCGUCCUGGCCGGGGAGCUCUCCAAGCCGCUCACCCCGUACUGCCGGUGCUGGAGAUCGGGAACAUUUCCACUGUGUGAUGGAAGCCAUGUGAAGCACAACAAAGCAACGGGUGAUAAUGUAGGGCCCUUGCUUGUUAAGAAGUAG